CGUUUUCUCCCAUCUUCCUCCUCAAUCUCUCAAAUCCAAAACAAACCAUUCAGUUUCCGUUCUCUCUUCUGACGAUCAACAAUGUCGGCCUUCAAGGGAAAGUAUCACGAUGAGCUCAUUGCUAAUGCUACCUACAUUGGUACCCCGGGAAAGGGUAUCCUUGCAGCCGAUGAGUCAACUGGCACGAUUGGCAAGCGUUUUUCCAGCAUUGGCGUUGAGAAUACUGAGACAAACAGGCGCGCUCUCCGUGAGCUGCUCUUCACCACUCCCGGUGCCGUCCAAUACCUCAGCGGAGUCAUUCUCUUUGAGGAGACCCUCUACCAAAAGACCGAUGCUGGUAAGCCAUUCGUUGAUGUUUUGAAGGAAGGUGGUGUCCUCCCUGGCAUUAAGGUUGACAAGGGCACUGUCGAGCUUGCUGGUACCAAUGGUGAAACCACAACUCAGGGUCUUGAUGGCCUUGGCGAACGUUGCAAGAAGUACUACGAAGCUGGUGCCCGAUUUGCAAAAUGGCGUGCCGUGCUGAAGAUUGGCCCCAACGAGCCUUCUCAGCUGUCAAUCAACGAGAACGCCAAUGGGUUGGCCCGAUAUGCUAUCAUCUGCCAGGAGAAUGGCCUCGUUCCCAUUGUUGAGCCAGAGAUUCUGGUUGAUGGAUCCCAUGACAUUCAAAAGUGUGCUGAUGUGACCGAACGUGUUCUUGCAGCAUGCUACAAGGCCCUUAACGACCACCAUGUCCUGCUUGAAGGAACUCUAUUGAAGCCUAACAUGGUGACUCCAGGAUCUGAUGCAAAAAAGGUUCCACCCGAGAUGAUUGCUGAGUACACUGUCCGUGCCUUGCAGCGCACCAUGCCCGCAGCUGUCCCUGCUGUGGUGUUCCUCUCUGGUGGGCAGAGCGAGGAGGAGGCUACCAUCAACCUCAACGCUAUGAACAAGUUGAAGGCGAAUAAGCCAUGGUCUCUUUCCUUCUCCUUCGGACGUGCCCUUCAGCAAAGCACUCUCAAGGCUUGGUCAGGAAAGGAAGGGAACGUGAAGAAGGCGCAGGAGGCUUUCCUAACCAGGGCCAAGGCCAACUCGGAAGCGACAUUGGGAAACUACAAGGGUGAUGCCAAGCUCGGUGAAGGUGCCGCGGAGAGCCUUCACGUCAAGGACUACAAGUAUUGAUUGAUGAUCGUUCUGGAUUGCUUUAUUCUUUCAGUAGUCUAGGUCUUUUUUUUUGUUGAAACUUUAUUCGUAUAAUCUCGGUCGUGAUGAGAUUAUUACCGGAUACUAGUAGGUUUUGAUAAAAGCUUGAGGAACUAUGGCAAGCAUGGAAGAGUUUUGUUUGUUUCAUCAACUUGGUUUUGGUUUGGAGAAAUUUAAACCUCUUGUUUAUAUUCUGGUUGAUCGAGAA